CACCGCCGCCCUUCCGCCUCUCCGGCCAUCCGCGCCUCCUCCUCCGCCAUCGCCGCCCCCAAACGGGAAACAGAUCCCAAGAAGCGAGUCGUGAUCACCGGGAUGGGGCUCGUCUCGGUGUUCGGCAACGACGUCGACCGCUACUACGAGAAGCUUCUCGAAGGAGAGAGCGGGAUCGGGCCCAUCGAUCGGUUCGACGCCUCGAAGUUUCCGACGAGAUUCGCCGGUCAGAUCCGAGGGUUCAGCUCGGAGGGGUACAUUGACGGGAAGAACGAUCGGAGGUUGGACGAUUGUUUGAGGUAUUGUAUUGUUAGUGGGAAGAAGGCGCUCGAGAGCGCUGGGAUUGGGGUUGGCAGCGAGGAGCUUAAAAAGAUUGACAAGGUGCGUGCUGGUGUUCUCGUGGGGACAGGCAUGGGUGGACUUACAGUGUUUUCUGAUGGUGUUCAAGCUCUUAUAGAGAAAGGUCACAGGAAAAUUACUCCAUUCUUUAUCCCUUAUGCCAUAACAAACAUGGGAUCUGCUUUGCUUGCCAUGGAUAUUGGAUUCAUGGGUGCAAAUUAUUCAAUUUCAACUGCAUGUGCUACCUCCAACUAUUGCUUCUAUGCUGCUGCAAACCAUAUUCGUAGAGGCGAGGCCGAUAUAAUGAUUGCUGGUGGCACUGAAGCUGCCAUUAUUCCCAUUGGAAUUGGGGGUUUUGUUGCCUGCAGAGCUCUGUCACAGAGGAAUGAUGACCCUAAAACUGCAUCAAGGCCAUGGGAUAAAGAUCGAGAUGGUUUUGUUAUGGGAGAGGGAGCUGGAGUGUUGGUAAUGGAAAGCCUGGAACAUGCAAUGAAACGUGACGCACCAAUUAUUGCAGAAUACUUGGGAGGUGCUGUGAAUUGUGAUGCCUACCACAUGACUGAUCCCAGAGCUGACGGGCUUGGGGUUUCAACCUGUAUCCAAAGAAGUCUUGAGGACGCAGGAGUGGCCCCAGAAGAGGUCAAUUACAUAAAUGCUCAUGCUACUUCCACCCUUGCUGGUGACCUGGCUGAGGUUAAUGCUAUAAAGCAAGUGUUCAAGGAUCCAAAGGAGAUCAAGAUCAAUGCAACAAAGUCUAUGAUAGGCCAUUGCCUUGGUGCUGCUGGAGGGCUGGAAGCCAUUGCCACUGUUAAAGCCAUAACCACUGGAUGGCUGCAUCCAAGCAUAAACCAAUUUAAUCCAGAGCCUUCUGUUGAGUUUGACACAGUGGCAAAUAAAAAGCAGCAGCAUGAAGUGAAUGUUGCAAUUUCUAAUUCUUUUGGAUUUGGUGGACACAACUCUGUGGUGGUGUUUGCCCCUUUUAAGCCGUGAUCUAAAUGUAGUGGUUAUUCAAGACUUGCGGGAAUCCAGUGUUAUCCUUCGUUGUGGUUGAGAUCCCAAACGGGCAUGAUUCUUUUUGGAUGCUUUCAAUUUGUUGUUAUAAAAUGUAUGGAGGUUCAUUUUGCAGGUGUUAUUUAGGUUCUAGCGUUUUGGAGGGUAGAUUCUUUAGGUCUCAUGUUCCUUCAGUUCGGUUUUAUUGUACUUUGUUAUCUGCAGAAACGAGCUUUGCUUAAUUGCUUUUCUGUAUCUUUUAGAAGUAGUUUUUUGAGAAUAGUAUGCUGGUGGUGCAUAGAGAUUGGAUCAUAUUGUUACUAGUGAAGUGUAUUUUUACAGUUUUUGGCUGAUGAAAAUACUUGAAGAGCAACGAUUUGGGCAAUGAUUCUGUGUGCCCUUUCAAUGUUCA